GGCCCCAGAGCGGCGCGUGCAGCUCUGCCCAAGCCAGAGCCCGAACCGGGAGCGCGAGCCCGGGAGCGCCGAGCCAGCCCAGGGAUUCCUUUUCCCAUGGAGCAGGCAUCCACCAUGGCUGAGCCCCGGGGCCCCGUAGACCAUGGAGUUCAGAUUCGCUUUAUCACAGAGCCGGAAGGUGGUGUGGACCCGAUCACCCUCCGUCGUGGUGCGCGACGCCCAGCGAAGGAUGCAAGAGCCAGUAGUUAUGGGGUCGCCGUGCGCGUGCAGGGCAUAGCUGGGCAGCCCUUUGUGGUGCUCAACAGUGGGGAGAAAGGUGGUGACUCCUUUGGGGUGCAGAUCAAAGGAGGCAACAACCAAGGGACCUCAGGAGCUCUGGGCUCUGACUCAGAGCUCCCCGAGAACCCGUACUCUCACGUCAAGGGGCUUUCUGCACCCUCGCAGAGCAGCACAUCUGAUGAGGAGCUGGGGCCCCCCUGGAACGGGAAGCUCCUCCGUUCCCAGUCCCAGGCCUCCCUGGCAGGCUCGGGCCCUGGGGGCUACAGCAACAGGAGCGCCAGCUUGCUGGAGCUAGCGCCCCAAAAGGCCUCCCCAGCUAGCACCAUUGACACUGCUCCCUUGUCUUCCGUGGACUCACUCAUCAACAAAUUUGACAGCAAAGGUGGGGGCCAGACCCGUGGCCGCACGGGCCGCCGCACGCGGACACUGGCCCCAGAGCAGCGCAAACGGAGCCAGAGCCUGGACAGCCGGCUGCCUCGGGACACCCAGGAGGAGCGAGAGCGCAAGUCCCCCAACCACUGGGACCCUGGCACAAACUACGACAACAACGUGGGCAGUUCGAAGCAGGCGGCCCAGAGCCAGAGCGCUCUCGGUGGCUUUAGCCGUUCACGGCAGACUCAGGACUGGGUCCUGCAGAAUUUUGAGGAGCCACGUGGGAGACCACAGGACCCCGCCAUGCUGCAGUUGCAGUUGAAAUCAACGCCAGACCUUCUCCGAGACCAGCAGGAGACAGCCCCGCCGGGCAGUGUGGACCACAUGAAGGCCACCAUCCUUGGCAUCCUGAGGGAGGGAAGCUCCGAGAGUGAAGCCUCCCUGAGGAGGAAGGUUAGCUUGGUGCUGGAGCAAGUGCAGCCGCUAGGGAUGGUUUCUUCUGGUUCUGCUAAGGGCCUGGCAGGGCAGGGGGAGCUCAGCCGCAAAGUGGAGGAGCUACAGCAAAAGCUGGAUGAAGAGGCCAAGAAGAGGCAGAAGCUGGAGCCAUCCCGGCUUGGGCUGGAGCGGCAGCUGGAGGAGCAGGCAGAGGAAUGCAGGCGGCUGCAGGAGCUGCUGGAGCGGAAGAAGGAGGAGGCACAGCAGAGCACCCAGGAGCUCCAGAACGUGAAGCUCCUCCUGGACCAGGCUGAGAGCGUGCGCCGAGGGCUGGAGACGCAGGUGGCGGAGCUGCAGAACAGGCUGAAGCAGGUCCAGGGGCCUGACCCUGCCAAGGAAGUGCUCCUGAAGGACCUGUUUGAGACCCGGGAGCUUCUGGAAGAGGUCUUGGAGGGCAAGCAGCGCGUGGAGGAGCAGCUGAGACUCCGGGAGCGGGAGCUCACGGCCCUGAAGGGCGCCCUGAAGGAGGAGGUGGCCUCCCGGGACCAGGAAGUGGAGCACGUGAGGCAGCAGUACCAGCGAGACACAGAGCAGCUUCGCCGGAGCAUGCAAGACGCGACCCAGGACCACGCAGUGCUGGAGGCCGAGAGGCAGAAGAUGUCAGCUCUGGUGCGAGGGCUGCAGAGGGAGCUGGAGGAGACCUCAGAGGAGACAGGCCACUGGCAGAACAUGUUCCAGAAGAACAAGGAGGAGCUUAGAGCCACCAAGCAGGAGCUCCUGCAGCUGCGGAUGGAGAAGGAGGAGAUGGAAGAGGAACUUGGGGAGAAGAUGGAGGCCUUGCAGAGAGAACUGGAGCAGGCUCGAGCUGGGGCUAGAGACACCCGCCAGGUUGACGAGCUCAAGAAGGAGCUGCGCAAGACCCAGGAGGAGCUGGGAGAACUGCAGGCCCAGCUGCAGAGCCAGGAGGUGGCGGGGCGGCACCGCGACCGGGAGCUGGAGACGCAGCUGGCAGCCCUGAAGGUGGAGGCGGAGCGAGGCCGGGAGCUGGAGCAGCAGAACCUCCAGCUGCAGAAGACCGUCCAGCAGCUGAGGCAGGACUGUGAAGAGGCUUCCAAGGCCAAGCUGGCGGCCGAGGCGGACUACGCGAUGCUGGGACAGCGUCGCGCCACAGUGGAGUCCACGCUUCGCGAAACCCAGGAGGAAAACGAUGAAUUCCGCCGGCGCAUCCUGGGUCUGGAGCAGCAGCUGAAGGAGGCGCGCGGCCUGGCGGAGGGCGGGGAGGCGGUGGAGGCGCGACUUCGGGACAAGGUGCAGCGGUUGGAGGCGGAGAAGCAGCGGCUCGAGGAGGCCCUGAAUGCCGCCCAGGAGGAGGAGGUGAGCCUGGCCACAGCCAAGCGGGCCCUGGAGACCCGGCUGGACGAGGCGCAGCGCGGGCUGGCCCGCCUGGGGCAGGAGCAGCAGGCGCUGAACCGAGCCCUGGAGGAAGAGGGCAAGCAGCGCGAGGUGCUGCGCCGUGGCAAGGCGGAGCUGGAGGAGCAGAAGCGGUUGCUGGACAGGACUGUGGACCGACUCAACAAGGAGCUGGAGCAGAUCGGGGAAGAUUCCAAGCAAGCUCUGCAGCAGCUCCAGGCCCAGCUGGAGGAUUACAAGGAGAAGGCCCGGCGGGAAGUGGCGGAUGCCCAGCGUCAGGCCAAGGAUUGGGCCAGCGAGGCCGAGAAGACCUCCGGGGGGCUGAGCCGGCUGCAGGAUGAGACCCAGAGGCUGCGGCAGGCCCUGCAGGCAUCCCAGGCUGAGCGGGACACAGCUCGGCUGGAUAAAGAGCUGCUGGUCCAGCGGCUGCAGGGGCUGGAGCAAGAGGCAGAGAACAAGAGGCGUACCCAGGAUGACAAGGCCCGGCAGCUGAAGGGCCUUGAGGAAAAAGUCUCCCGGCUAGAAGCGGAGUUAGAUGAGGAGAAGAGCACUGUGGAGCUGCUCACCGACCGGGUGAAUCGUGGCCGGGACCAGGUGGAUCAGCUGAGGGCAGAGCUCAUGCAGGAGCGGUCUGCUCGGCAGGACCUGGAGUGUGACAAAAUUUCCUUGGAGAGACAGAACAAGGACUUGAAGAACCGCUUGGCCAGCUCAGAAGGCUUCCAGAAGCCCAGUGCCAGCCUGUCUCAGCUCGAGACCCAGAAUCAGUUGCUGCAGGAGCGACUGCAGGCUGAAGAGAGGGAGAAGACGGUUCUGCAGUCCACCAACCGAAAACUGGAGCGGAAAGUGAAAGAGCUGUCCAUCCAGAUUGAUGAUGAGCGGCAGCAUGUCAACGACCAGAAAGACCAGCUAAGCCUGAGGGUGAAGGCUUUGAAGCGGCAGGUGGAUGAAGCGGAAGAGGAAAUCGAGCGGCUGGAUGGCCUGAGGAAGAAGGCCCAGCGUGAGCUGGAGGAGCAGCACGAGGUCAACGAGCAGCUGCAGGCCCGGAUCAAGUCCCUGGAGAAGGACUCAUGGCGCAAGGCUUCCCGCUCAGCUGCUGAGUCAACGCUCAAACACGAGGGGCUGAGCUCAGAUGAGGAGUUCGACAGUGUCUACGACCCCUCGGCCAUUGCCUCUCUACUUACGGAGAGCAACCUGCAGACCAGCUCCUGUUAGCUUGUGGGCCUCACGGGUCCAGAAACUAGGCUUGAGGCCUACCCUGGCCAGCCCUCCUCUGCCCUGCCCGUCUCACAUUCCUCCUUGGGGGUGGCCUGGUUACUCAGCUCCCCAAUCCGGAGGGCUCUGAGUGAUGGCGAUAGAAAGACAGCGGUAAUAAGCGGAUGCCUGGCUUUCCUCUCCCCACUGGAGGUCGCUGGAGCCCUUCCCCUAAGUGCCGAUCCCCCCUUCACUGCCCUUGUGGUGGGAGGCUAGUGAGCGCACAGCCUGCUGUGGAGGGGGAGUGCUGAGCAGGAGAGGAGGGAGUAGAAAUUGCCAUGUGUAUAUAGCUUUAUUUCUUUAGCCCUUCACCCCAAGGCUCGGGGAGAUUCCCUGUGAGACUCUCCCUGAAUUCCUACAACCCAUUUUUCUUCCUCCUCCGGAGCAAGGUGAGGGAGAUGUGAUAGGUAAUGGCCACGCAGGCGUGGCUCUGCCCACCUCGCAGAUGCUCCUCUUUGCACAGCCCUGGGGGCCCACAUGGUGCCCCCACGCCCCUCCAGUUCCUCUGUUUUUGUUUCCUCCAAGCCAUCAGGUCCAAGGGACCCUCUAUCCCCUCUCCUCCAUCUCGGCCAUUCCUAUGCUGCUCCUUCCCUCUCAGUGCCUUAGCCAGGGUGAGGCUGGGAUCUUGAGGCCUAGAAGAGAUUAGCAUCCCAGGAUGCUCUUCUUGCCUUUUGUAUCUGCACAUUCAUACCUCUGCCAAGACCAGCCUGUUCCCCACUGGCACCCUCAGCUUUCCCCGCUGCCCCGGUGACGAAUCAAGAGCCACCUGCUUCUCUGGCAGACGGACUUUGUGUAGGGCCGUGAGAAGGUGGUGGGGGCUGGGGUCUGCUCAGGGUUUCCAUCCUCCCUGCUCUGUGACUACCGAGGUGGUUCUGAAGGAGCUGCACCUGGGAGCCCUGACCGCGGUCUUUUCCAGUUCCAAAGCAAUGGUCCCAGUCCCUGCAGUCUUCCUGUGGCUUCUCUACCCAGAUGUCCCCAGUCUCAGUAGGGAACCAAGGGACCUCCAUUUUCUCAGGAGCUUGGCCCUGAUUCAGGGGUUUUUUCCUGGGCCUAGAAGGUGACUCUUCAUAGAACUGGGACGAGGCGAUGGGAGACUUCCUCCUCCUUUGGGUUCUGGGGGGACCGAGGCCCUGGCAGGGAGGGGGUUAGAGGGAUGAUUCACCUCGCAUUUCCUGAGCAGGUCGCAUGGGCAGCCUGCAGAAGGAGGCUGUUCUCACCAACGACUUGUAAUCUCAUGAUUUUAAAAAACUCUUCUUCUGCAAAUCAGAUGUUCUCUUCCAAUCCAAUGCAACCUUGACUGUACUUUAAAUUAAAUAUUAAAAUUAUAUAUCUGCGUUGA